UCCGUCUCCAGCCAUUUGGAGUGGUGCUGGAAAACAUUAGGCUUACUGUGUUAGAAUCACUAUUUACCAGCAACAUGGCUUAUAAUUACGUGGUGACAGCUCAUAAGCCAACUUCCGUCAAUGCUUGUGUUACAGGCAACUUCACAUCUCCUGAUGAUUUGAACCUUAUUAUUGCCAAAAACACUCGCAUGGAGCUGUAUGUGGUCACACCAGAAGGCCUCCGCCCAGUGAAGGAAGUUGGUAUAUAUGGAAAGAUAGCUGUCAUGGAGUUAUUCAGACCCCCGGGAGAAACAAAGGAUCUACUGUUUGUAUUGACGGCUCGCUAUCACGCCAUGAUCCUGGAAUGUCAGCAGGAAGGGGACACACUGGAAAUUAUCACACGUGCACAUGGGAAUGUUCAGGAUCGUAUUGGUCGUCCAUCUGAGACUGGCAUCAUUGGGAUUAUUGAUCCUCAGUGUCGUGUUAUUGGACUUCGAUUGUAUGAUGGACUCUUCAAGGUUAUCCCCCUUGACAGAGACAACCGAGAACUUAAAGCUUUUAAUAUCAGAUUGGAGGAGCUGACAGUGAUUGACAUGCAGUUUCUCCAUGGUUGUUCCACACCCACUGUCAUCCUGGUACACCAGGACCAACAUGGCCGCCAUGUGAAGACUUAUGAGAUAUCUCUGCGUGACAAAGAGUUCCAGAAGGGGCCGUGGAAGCAGGAUAAUGUAGAGACUGAAGCCUGCAUGGUCAUCGCAGUUCCAGAACCCUUUGGAGGAGCUCUGAUUGUAGGUCAGGAGUCCAUCACCUACCACAAGGGAGACAACUAUAUACCUGUGGCGCCGCCUGCCAUCAAGCAAAAUGCGCUCACAUGUUACGGGAAGGUAGACACGAACGGCUCGCGGUACCUGCUGGGAGACAUGGCUGGUAGACUAUUCAUGUUGCUGUUGGAGAAGGAGGAGAAGAUGGAUGGCACAGCUGUGGUCAAGGAUCUCAAAGUGGAACUCUUGGGAGAGACAACAAUGCGCAGAAUGUAUCACAUACCUGGACAAUGGUGUUGUUUUCAUCGGUCACGUCUUGGAGACUCCCAUCUAGUCAAGCUGAAUGUGGAUUCGGAUGAAAGUGGAUCAUAUGUUCAGGUCAUGGAGACAUUCACCAAUCUUGGCCCCAUUGUUGACAUGUGUGUCGUCGACCUUGAGAGGCAGGGUCAAGGACAGUUGGUGACAUGCUCUGGGGCCUACAAAGAAGGAUCCCUGAGGAUCAUCAGAAAUGGCAUCGGUAUCCACGAACAUGCCACCAUUGAUCUUCCAGGAAUUAAAGGAAUCUGGCCACUGAGAGUUAACUCCCCUGACUUUGACAAUCUGCUUGUGCUGUCUUUUGUUGGACAAAGUCGUGUUCUGAUGUUGAAUGGAGAAGAGGUGGAGGAGACAGAAAUGGCUGGAUUUGAUGGGGACCAGCAGACAUUCUUCAGCGGCAAUGUUGUAGGGAACCAGUUGGUACAGAUCACCCCCAGUUCCAUCCGACUGAUCAGCUGUGACAGCAAGACCUUGGUGGCGGAGUGGAAGCAUCCAUCUGGAAAGAACAUCAGUCUGGCCAGCUGCAACACCUGUCAGGCUGUCGUCGCCAUUGGCAGUGAACUUUACUAUCUCAAGAUACUCACUGGAGACAUUAAGGAAGUCAGCCAUGCCACCAUGGAACAUGAGGUGGCCUGUGUGGACAUCAGUCUCACCAAGGUCGGACAGGACGAGGCAGAGCUGUGUGCAGUGGGCUUGUGGACAGACAUCUCUGUCCGUGUCCUCAAACUCCCCAACUUUGAUAGUCUGCAUGUUGAGAUGCUGGGUGGAGAGAUCAUCCCCCGAUCCAUCCUGCUGACGACCUUUGAAGGCAUCCACUAUUUGCUUUGUGCUCUUGGAGAUGGCUCUCUCUUCUACUUCAAUCUCAGCGUUGGUGAACAGACUAAAGGUAUUUUGAAUGAGAAGAAGAAAGUCACCCUGGGCACACAACCCACUGUUCUGCGCACAUUCAAGUCUCUCUCUACCACCAACAUCUUUGCCUGUUCUGACCGACCCACUGUCAUCUACUCGUCCAAUCACAAGCUUGUCUUCUCCAAUGUCAAUCUGCGAGAAGUCAACCAUAUGUGUCCACUCAACUCUGAUGGCUAUCGGGACAGUUUGGCUUUAGCCAGCGAUAGUUCCCUAAUCAUUGGCACGAUUGAUGAAAUCCAGAAACUGCACAUCCGAACAAUACCCCUGGGAGAGUCUCCACGACGAAUUGCAUAUCAAGAAUCCUCUGAGACAUUUGGUAUCAUCUCAUUCCGAACUGACAUCCAGGACAACCAAGGAACACGAGCCACCCGGGUCAGCGCCAGCACACACGCCAACAACAUCAGCGUCAGCUCCAACGCAAAACUAAUGACUGGAUCCUCAACAUCAGCAUCGGAACAUACAUAUGGGGAUGAAGUGGAGAUUCAUUCUCUCUUGGUGAUCGAUCAGCAUACAUUUGAGGUCCUGUUCGCCCACCAGUUGAUGACAAAUGAAUGUGCAACUAGUUUGAUCUCAGCCAAGCUGGGAGAGGACCCCAACACAUACUACAUCGUAGGCACAGCUCUCGUCUACCCAGACGAGGCAGAACCCAAACAGGGGCGUAUCCUCAUCUUCCAUUUCAAGGAUGCCAAACUGACGCAGGUGGCAGAGAAGGAGAUCAAGGGAGCUGCAUACACCCUGGUGGAGUUUAACGGCAAAUUACUGGCCAGUAUCAACAGUACGGUCCGGUUAUUUGAGUGGACGGCCGAGAAGGAGCUCCGCCUGGAGUGUAGUCAUUUCAACAACAUCAUUGCCCUGUACCUGAAGACAAAGGGAGACUUUGUCUUGGUGGGUGACCUCAUGAGGUCAAUCACAUUACUGGCAUACAAGCCCCUGGAGGGAACCUUUGAAGAGAUUGCGCGAGAUUGUAACCCAAGCUGGAUGACGGCUGUGGAGGUGUUGGAUGACGACAACUUCCUGGGGGCAGAGAACUCGUUCAAUAUAUUCACUUGUCAGAAAGAUAGUGCUGCAGAUACAGAUGAAGAUAGGCAACAACUACAGGAAGUUGGCCUUUUCCAUCUCGGCGAGUUUGUCAAUGUUUUCAGACAUGGUUCACUGGUGAUGCAGCAUGCAGGGGAAAAUGCUACACCUCUACAGGGCUCCGUGCUCUUCGGAACUGUCAACGGCGCAGUGGGACUUGUGGCACAGCUGCCUCACGACUUCUACAACUUCCUACUAGAAGUCCAGAACCGUCUGGCCAAGGUCAUCAAGAGUGUUGGCAAGGUGGAACACUCAUUGUGGCGAUCUUUCUACACUGAGCGUAAGACUGAGGCUUGUGUUGGGUUUAUCGAUGGUGACCUUAUUGAGAGCUACCUUGACCUGAGUCGGGACAAGAUGCAGGAGGUGGUGCAGGGACAACAGAUUGACGACGGCAGUGGUAUGAAGCGAGACGCCACGGUGGAAGACCUUGUCAAGAUGAUAGAGGAGCUGACACGCAUCCACUGAUGUGAAGCCAACUGAUGUGGUAACAACAAUACCAGUGCGGACUACACGCACGAAGCACUCAAAUAGACAACUCCCGUAAGAACAGUACAAUCCUGGGUGCAGCAUGUGCUAUGACUAAACCAGUGCUUUGAGACAACACUUCAUUGUUCAGCAUCACCGGACAUCUUUGUGUUCUGCGUCUGCUAUUGUGACCAAGAGGAUAUUUUGUCACGUGUACAGUAAUAAAACAACAAUAUUGAUACUGGUCAUUUUGCUGCCAGUCGGACAACAAUCAGGAUGACUGAGGUAUAAUUGGCAAUGGACUAUGGCACCAUGAGGACUAUGGACAACCUUCAAUUAUGCAACAUUAAGGAAACUAAAAAAAACUUCCCCGCAGUCAGUAGAUUUCUAACAAUUCAUGUCAUGAUAGCUGUGUUAAUGUAUGUCAACAGUAAGGUUGCCCUGUGUGAUAUUGUACUCCAAGUGUCAUUAUAAUACUACAUUGAAUCGUCUAGCCUUUUUCAUUAGACUAUAAAAUUAUCAGGGUUUUUUUACAAGUCAGGAAAAGUAAAAUGGCUGAAAAGGGACCUAGGUCUUUCAAAGAAUAUUCACAGUUAGUCACAAUUGUCAGACUUUGACAUAAUUGAUAUGAGACAUGAUUUCACUUACAAGCCGAUUGUUGUGACUUGUUGAAGACAGAAUAAAUUCAUUGACGGAA